CUCCAAGAUGCUGGGAACACACAUCGAAAAAGUACUCCGAUAUUUCGGAAGCACUGACAGCCAAAUCUAUCGUUUAAGACAACGAUGGGGCUAUUUCCUCAUCCGCACCCUCCCAAAUGCAGUAUAUGCACGCACCUGGGAGUUUAUCAACUGGCAUGAUAACCAAAGCCGAACAGCACAUGCGAUUUUACAGCGCAUGCGCCAGCUUAGCCAAGAAGGUGGUGAAGAGGUCUACAUGUAUAACCUGCACCCGGAUAUUCCCUCAAAACCAAUAUCUACGGACGAGAACAGAACAAGGCAAGCCCUUCGCAGGCUUCGUAUUAUGCUGCUCAAUAUCCGGGUACAGCUACGGGAAAGCGUGAACAGGGAACCUGAUAGUGCUGCGAUGUGGAUACGUAACAACGUCUGGAGAGCCUAUCAUUACAAGGACGGUCGGACUAAUCUUUGGAAGCAUCAACGUCAGGGCUGUGCUGAGAGAGGUGGAUGUUGUGGAAGGACAUGUGGUUGCUGUGAGAAAGUCCUUGAUGAGUAUUGGAUCCGGAACUACGGCAGAGGGACAGGGCCGAAGGAGACAAUGGUCCUGCACAAGGUGUAUGCUCACUGCACAUCCGAGUGUGCCUGCUGUGUGAUCACUCGUGGCGUCUAUGUGCCUGAUCCACGCCUUCCUAGUCCUGACUUUGUUGCUGGAGGAAGGAGCUCCUCAUAGUAGUGUUUGUUUAUCUUAAAACCAGAGUUUGUCCACGGUCCGUUGGAAGUUUUUCUUUCUCUCUCCUUAGCUAGUACUAUUGUUACCACUAUAGUUCAGAUAUGGCACCUAUUGAUAUCUCAACCCUCCACA